GUGGCUCGGGCUCUGCCAUCCUGAAUGAACAAGAGGACAAACAAGCACCAUAACAAAUGUAUUACCAGGAAAUAAACUGAAAUCAUAUCAGAGGUCAGAAGUUUUUCCUGGUCAGGACAAAUGAUCAGGACAAAUGAUCAUAGCCUUAGUCAUCCAUUGGUAAAAUCAGGAACACUCAUAGCUACGUUGGUCAAUAAAAUGAUCGUCUUCUACGAGGACAGGAACUUCCAGGGUCGUUCCUAUGAGUGCAGCAGUGACUGCAGUGACAUGAGCUCCUACCUGAGCAGGUGCCACUCCUGCAGGGUCGAGAGUGGCUGUUGGAUGCUGUACAACCACAACAACUACAUGGGAAACCAGUACUUCAUGAGGAGGGGCGAGUACCCCGACUACAUGCAGCACUUUGGAAUGAGUGACUGCAUCAAGUCCUGCCGCAUGAUCGCCAUGCACAGAGGAAACUACAGGAUGAGGAUCUACGAGAGGGAGAACUUCGGAGGUCAGAUGCACGAGAUGAUGAACGACUGUGACAACAUCACGGAUCAUUACCGCAUGUCCAAAUGCCAGUCCUGCAACGUGAUGGAAGGCCACUGGCUGAUGUACGAGCAGCCCCACUUCAGAGGCAGGAUGAUGUACAUGAGGCCUGGAGAGUACAGCAACUUCAGCAUGGGCAUGGGAAUGGGAGCCAUGGGCGGCAUGAGUGGUAUGAGGUUCAUGAGCAUGAGGCGUAUCAUGGAUUCCUGGUACUAAAUCAUUCACAAACCUAUUAAAAUGUUCCCUUUUUAAGUGUGACAAAAAAAAUGUGCCUGCUGAUUUGUUGUUCACACACCUGCAUCCCUUGUCAUAUACAGUCCCUUACAUAUGUAUUUGGACAGUGAAGCUAAGAAUGAACAUUUGGAGUAUUUUGGACUUGAGAUCCAAUGUUUCAUAUGAUGCGACAGUACAUAAUGCCAUAUUUUAUUUGAGGGUAUUUUCACUUAGCACAGGAAGAUUCGCAGUGACAACAGAGUGAUCAAAUUGAGAUAUGACAUAUGUAUGUAUCUUGUCACUCAUUGUCGUGCAAAACAUGCACUAGGCCUUCUAUGCAAAUUGUUUCAGUGCUAAAACUCUCAAUGUUACAUCACAGUUGGGGGUCUUGUAGCUGGACUAGACUGUCAGCCUCAGGACACUGAUCCUGUCUGGGAGUUUAUUUGUUUUGACAAUGAUACUCCAUGGAAGUAACUUGGCAAUACAAAAGGAAACGAUAUAAACCAGCCAAACAUCAUUUCUGAAAUUGCUGUCAAAAUGAAGUUUAGGACAUUGUUAUUACCCUCUGUUGGCUCCAGUAAAGGGGUUGAGUCCAUUCCAAGUCUACAAGUCUCUUCACGCUUUUGAUCAAUAGCUAAAGUAUUUCCCUUUGUUGUCUAAGCAUAAUAGGGUGUCAUCCACACAUACAAAAGGAAACUUGUGAAGUAUAAACACA